AGCGCCCGCUUGUGAUAAAGAAAAGAACGCCGAAGGUCGACCAGCUGCUGACACUUUUCUUAGGUUUGUUUACCAUGACAACACUUGACUGACUGAGAGCUCACGAAAACUGUUUCCCCCUGAAAUAUUAGUGUUGUUUUAAGAUAAAUAUCACGAUUCAUGACGGGCUACUGAUGUCUAGAUUAUCGUCCCCCAAAGAGCAGACUUGGUCACAACUUCAAGAAAGAUUGCGAAAGAGCCGUGAAAGAAAGGAGCUUCCUCUUGGGGCUGGGUUAGACGAUGGAACAGCGCCAAGCAGGCGGAGGUCUGUUCCUCCAAACCCUUUACCAAGGAUUGACAGCCCCUCACAGACAGAGAGCCUCCGCCUCACAUCGCCUGAACUCAGGGGGAGCCAUUACUCCAGGGUUCCUCCUGUCCAAGGUCUCCCAUCCCACAGACCGCAGUCGGACGAUAGACUCAGUUUAAAAAGUCACAACUCAGAAACAACUCCAGAGCCACCCCUUGCCCCUCAAAGUUAUGCAGCUCCCCCCUACAUCUCAAAUGGAACAGCCCACUCAGCACCAGAGCCAGCAUACAGAGAGGUGCCAGCCUGGGAUCAGUACACUGGCAGGCGGGCAGGGACAGAGAGGAGAGAAAUGAGGGACGGGAGGAGAGGGAAGAAGUACUAUGUGAGGCAGGGUAGUAGAGGUUUUGAAGAUGAUGCAGAAGAGCUCAUCUAUGCUAAUCAUCUCGAGACGGUGGAUGCACGGAGGAGGGACCGGUAUCCUGAUAGCUGGAGCAGGGGUGAGGGACCUAGACUGGUGGAGUAUGAUGAUGUCCUUGGCCCAAUAGAACUGCCAAGGGUUCCAACACAAAGACAGGAGUCCAGUGCUGUAUUACGCAUGCAUGAUGAGCUGUUUGCCCGGACAUUCUUAGAGUACUUCCUAACGAGCUGUCUCCAAGAUGACAUGGUACUUGAAGUUGCUGUCGAUGUCAUGUCGAACGUCAGGGAAGAAAGGGAUCUUGAACGUCAGCUUUCCUGGCCAGUCCUGGACAUGGGAAGAGAGAUUCUUGAAGAAGUUGUUCAUGAGAACCUUCGAGAUAUGGCCUUCGUUGAACUCAGAGCAUCUAUCAAGGGAUUCUGGAGCAUGGUCUUAGAAACCCCCUCCAUCUACAAACCCAUCGCAAGAGACCUCCUGAGGGAGGUGAUCGACGAUGAGGUAGCGUCCGUCGUACCUGAAGCCAUCUCAGAGCUCGUCACAGAAUACUUCGUCCAGAAAGAUGUAGUGGUGGACUUCAACGUUAUGUGUGAUGAGGUCAUUGCAAGCCUCCUGCCAGACAUAAUUCUUGAGGCUGUAUAUGAUGAGAGCAUUGAGUCGCUUGUGGAAGGUAUCAUCCAAGAUGAGAUAGUCUCCCUUGCCAGCAGUUUUGUGGAGGAUUCCUUUGCAACCGGCAGACCUAAACUCCCAGUCAGCCCGGCGCAGAGACUACAGGAUCAAAGUGAGAUCAAGGCAUUAGCUGACACCUUUUUGCUGGAUGCAGCCAUCUUUGAGAAUAUGUUGGCAACUCGUCUCCUCCCCAACCAGCAAGUGUGGACCGAUGAAGAGUAUUUGGACCUUUACUUGGAUUCUCUUCUUUUGGAUCAAGUACUUGGCCAGCAGUUGGAGGUUGCAAAGAGAAGAGACUACACGGAACAUUGUCUUCCUCUCAAGAGGUUCCAUGAAAAGAUCACGACAAAUUUGGCGAUAGACGUCGUCUUGGAAGAAAUGACGGGGCACCUAGAUGAAGACAUGGCUGAAAUGGAUGAGUAUGAAGUGGAGACAGACAGAACGUUGAAAUUUGAGUCCCCAUAAAUCCUGCAGUGAUGGAUACCCCAUUAAAUAUCUGGGAUUUUCUUUUAAAGCCCGUCUGUACUAGUUUACAGGAGGGAUUAGACCACCCUGCAAGGUCACUGACAGUCGGUUAUCUCAUCAA